CCUGAAGGAAGGAAGAUAACGUGUAACCUGGACUCGGCGGGAGGAUACGAAAUUCCCGGGGGAAAAAAGAGCGUUUGGAUAAAGUCGCUUGGGACUGUUUCCAGCUAAAAUCCGUCCCAUUGGGUUUGGUAGGGAUGAGAUUGCCGAACUGCAGACGAUGCUCAGAAGGGGAUGGGAAGGGUCCCCCCUUCAGAAACCCAUUUGUGCAUGACUUGAAAUUCACAACGCUCCAGAAGGCCCAGAUUGCUGUGAUGACGGUGACGCUGUUUCCCUUGCGGCUUAUGAUGGCCGCCUUCAUGAUGCUGCUGGCAUGGCCGUUUGCCUUCCUGGCCACUAUGGGGCGCUCAGACACUGCCAUCGAACCCCAAACCCUCUGGAGAAAGUUCGUGGACGUGAUGCUGAAGACCAUCAUGCGGGCCAUGUGGUUUUCCGGAGGCUUCCACUGGAUGACGGUGAAGGGACGGCGGGCUCCGCCCAGCGAAGCGCCCAUCCUCACGCUGGCACCACACUCCUCCUACUUUGAUGCCAUUCCUGUUACCAUGACGAUGGCCUCCAUCGUCAUGAAGGCUGAGAGCAAGGACAUCCCACUUUGGGGAACGUUGAUAAAGUACAUUCGGCCAGUGUUUGUGUCACGCUCCGAUCCGGACUCUCGCCGGAAGACGGUGGAGGAGAUCAAAAGGCGAGCCCUGUCUGAAGGGGAGUGGCCACGGACCAUGAUCUUUCCUGAGGGAACGUGUACCAACAGGUCCUGUUUGAUCACUUUUAAGCCAGGAGCGUUCAUCCCCGCAGUGCCUGUCCAGCCAGUGGUGAUCCGCUACCCCAACACACUGGACUCCAUAACUUGGACAUGGCAGGGACCAGGAGCGUUUAAGAUCCUUUGGCUCACACUCUGCCAGCUACACAACAGAUUUGAAAUUGAGUACCUGCCCACAUAUACCCCAUCAGAGGAGGAGAAGAGGAACCCGGCGCUGUUUGCUCAGAACGUGCGGAGGAUCAUGGCCAAAGCUUUGGAUGUGCCCAUCACAGACUACUCGUUCGAGGACUGCAAGCUGGCGAUGGCUGAAGGGCAGCUCCGCCUCCCCUCCGACACCUGCCUGCUGGAGUUCGCCCGACUGGUCAGAAAACUGGGCCUUCAGCUGGACAAGACUGGCCGCAAACUGGAGGAUUAUGGGAGGCGCGCCCGCGAUCUCUGGGCAGAGAGGAAGCGUGUGGCACUGGGAGAGUUCGCCCGCUUCCUGGAGGUGCCGGAGUCCGACCUGAUAAGGGACAUGUUCGCUCUCUUUGAUGAGCAUGAAGACCACACAAUAGACAUCAGAGAGUUUGUCAUUGCCUUGUCAGUGGUAUGUCAGCCAACUAAAACUCUGGCAACAAUGAAAUUGGCCUUUAAGAUGUAUGUUGAUGAAGUAGACAGCUCCAUCACUGAGCAGGAGCUGGCCUGUAUCCUGCAGACGGCCCUGGGCGUGGCUGACCUCACGGUGACCUCGCUGUUCCAAGCUGUCGACACACACGGCAAAGGAAAAAUCACAUUUGAAUCAUUCCAGAGCUUUGCGGAGUUGCACCCGGACUUUGCCAAGGAGUUCCUGUUCGGCGAGAAACGGGUCUUCCGCAGCCCCAGCCAGACCCCCACCACCAACGGCUUCUGCACGGACUUCAGCCCCCCCGACCACAAGAAACUGGACUGA